AUGGGCAUAAGUUAUGCUUCGCCGGAGAGCCACAGAGAAAGCCAGAGAGAGACCUGUGUGGGCUCCAUAGAUUUUCAUUCUAGUCUGAGAUCUCGAACGAAAAACACAUUUUGGAAAAAAAAUAAAAAUUUUGUUUUUUUCAAAUCCUACUUCCGUAAACAGGCGAACAAAGAAAACCAAAGAUGUGCAAUCCUUGCUUCCGCUCAAUGCCUGGCACUUGCUGUGGACCAACUGGUGGACUGGGACCCUGCCUCCUGUGCGGACCUUACAACGGCCAGUGGUUCAAGGCAAUCAAUCACUGCUGCGGCCCGUGUGGACCCUAUGGCUGCUGUUCCUGCUAUGGGCCCUAUGGCGGACAUUGUUAGCCUGCUUAGAAGGAAGGUAGGAUCCAACACCGAAGACCAAAAUCAAUCGCGAGACCUUGGAUCAGAAGAAACUGCAUUCUAGAGGAACAAAAUUCGAAUAUGCCCAAAAUAAUGGCUGUUCUCUGUCUAAAAUCUUGGUUGGCCAAUAUCUCUUGAUUACAAUCCACAAAAACAUAGACGAAUGUUAAUAAAUUAUUUGAUGUAAUUUUCCUCA